AUGCCCCUCAACGAGACCAAGAUCGAGAUCGCUGCGCCGCCCGCGAAAGUCCGGGAAAUUCUCCUCAAUUUCGCAGCUUACCCAGAAUGGCACACCGAGUGGAUCAAGGAGAUCAAGAUCCAACAGGAAGGCAAGACUGGUGCCGCCCUGACCGUCGGCGACAAGAUUCAAAUCAACGUCGAGGGAUUCAAGUUCGUCGCCGAAGUCAAGGAGAAUUCUGAAUCCCUCUUCUCCUGGCAGGGUCCGCCCGUCUUCACCAUUUCGGGCUUGCAUAAGUUCCAUCUGGAGCCUCUCAAGGAGGGUGCGGCGACUCUUUUGACCCAGUCGGAGGAGUCCAAGGGCUUCCUGUCCUUCCUCUUCAGUCCCUCCAUCCUGGGCAAGAAGCUGCAGGCCGAUUGGAAUGUCUUCAACAAGGACCUCAAAAUUCGGGCUGAAGCUUCUGAGUAG